CUGGGCAUCACAAUUCACAAAGCACCUUGAAAGUAUCGGACUGUCGGUAUUUUUCAUCUAUUUUCGUUCUUCACGUCAAAAAGGUGUAGUGAAUUCUAUUUGUGAUUUGGUUCGAGGUUUUUUCUGUAAAUUGAUUAUAUGUUGACGUGAAAGGGGGGGCAAUGAAUAUUUUUUCAUUUAAAUAAUGACAGUUUCAAUGAAAGAACAAGAGCAAGUGCCUGGGGAGAUGGUGUUCCCUGAGGCAAAACUUAAAGCACUGGAAGAGAAAAUUUCACAUUCCCGUUGGGUGGUGCCAGUAUUGCCCGAACAAGAAUUGGAGGCCUUGCUGGUUGCUGCCACUGAACUUGCAACCAAAGGUGAAGAUGUGAACAACCAAGCUUGCCAACGUUUUUACAAUGAUGCCCUUACUGUAUCAUUCACAAAGAUCCUCACAGACGAUGCAGUGUCCUCAUGGAAGAACAACAUACAGCAAUGUGUACGGUCCAACUGUGAAAAACUGGUCAAACUAUGUGCCAUGAAGUUGGAUGAUCCCAGAUUCCUGCAUUUAUUGUCUAUGGCAUUCAAUCCUAAUAACAAAUUCCACACUUUCAAUGCAUCCAGAACAUGUGAAGGUCUAUCUGUCUCGGUCCCUACUAAUGCUACUCCAGUAGGGCAAGGUUCUACACAAGACACAGAAGUAUUUGCUAAAUCACAAGAUCACAGGACACCAAGAGGGUGGCUGGUUCAUCUUAUAAAUGUAUUUGGCCAGAGUGGGGGAUUUGUUAAGCUCAGAGAACGGUUUGAUGACAUCAUGGGUUUUCAAAAGCCCGAUUUAACAUCAAGUAUAUGCUUGGAAGAAAAGAUUUCAACUGAAGAAAAUGUUAAAGAAAUUGAGGAAGAAAAUGACAAAGUAAAUAAAAUUGAGGGUGCUGAUAGUGUCUCAACUAUUGAAGAAAGUAGUGAUGAUCCGGGUGCCGACACUGUGUCAUCAAUCCCAUCUCGUCCACACCGUCGGCAAACGCGAAGUCGUCCAGAUCUUUUUACGAACACAUCCUCGUCACGCGUUGAACAGCCAUCGCCGGAUAACUCGUCACGCAACGAGCAGUCAUCUUCAGAUGGUGCCUCACGCAAUGAACAGCCGUCGUCUUUGGAGCAGUCUGUGAACGGUGAGACUCGCGUGGCGGCGGUGUGGCAGCUGCUGCGGCCUCUAGGGCUCUGCCACGACUUGCUCACACCACACACUGUUACAACUUACCUUCUGCCUGUAUUGGAAUGUAUUCCUACACUAUUGGAAAGUUUAACUGAUGAAGAGUUAAAGAGAGAAGCUCGCGGUAGUGAGAAUAAGACUGAUACGGUAUCUUGUUUGAUUCGAGCAUGCAAGUAUGUCUCGGUGAAAACACCUCAUCACCACAGCUUGUUGAAAUCAUUUGAAAUGUUUCGACUGAAAAUGAUUUUGCGACUAUUACAAAUGUCGUCUUUCAAUGGGAAAAUGUCUGCGCUGAACGAAAUAAACCAGCUUAUAAGUACAAUGUCUCAACAACCGAAACCGGAAUGGCUUACACCUUCUGUUAUAACUACUUGGAUUAGAGAAAACAAAGUAGUGGACAUAGUGUUACGCGAUUCGCUCCACCAACCGCAGUACGUGGACCGCCUGGAGAAAAUGCUCCGCUUCAUGAUCAAGGAGAACUCGCUAACGAGAGACGACCUGGACGCCAUCUGGAGGGCGCAGCACGGCAAGCAUGAGGCCAUCGUGAAGAACUUGCACGAUUUGCUUGCCAAACUCGCCUGGGACUUCACGCCUGAUCAGCUCGAUCACCUAUUCGACUGCUUCAAGGCCAGUUGGGCUACAUCGAGCAAGAAACAAAGUGACAAAUUACUGGAAGUUAUCAGAAGGUUGGCGGAAGAUGACAAAGAUGGUGUAAUGGCAAAUAAGGUGUUGGUCUUAUUUUGGAACUUGGCUCACUCUGAUGAGGUGUGCACGGAAAUCAUGGACGUGGCGCUCGUUAACCUCACUAAGAUUCUGGACUACAGCUGUUGUCAAGAUCGAUACGCACAAAAAACACUAUGGCUUGAUAAAUGCGUAGAAGAAUUAAAAACGAAUGAGAAGUGGGUUUUGCCCGCGUUGAAAAUGAUGCGCGACAUCUGCUGCCUGUACGAGGCGGGCGGCGGCACGGGGCUGCGGCCGCACGUGACGCGCCAGGAGCUCAUCGACCAGUUGCAGACCCAGCACUCUCUCGUCAUUCUAGUCACGGACUCGCUCACACACUACAUGGACGGUGUGAGGAACAAGUUGGCAGAAGAGCAUGAAAUCGAUUGGGAAAAUUGGCUGCCAGACGGUAGAUAUCCACACUCUUCGCAAGUACACGAAAGAUUAAGUUUUCUUAGGUUCCUGUUGAAAGACGGUCAAUUAUGGCUAUGCGCAGAACAGGCAAAGCAAAUAUGGGUGUGUCUCGCGGAGAGACCGGCACACCUGGGCGACCGCGAGGCAUGUUUCCGAUGGUUCAGUAAGCUAAUGGGGGAGGAACCCGACCUAGAUCCAAAUAUAAGCCUGCAUUUUUUUCGGAGAAAUAUCAUGACGUUAUCUCCCAAUUUAUUGACGCACGCUGGUAUUAAAUGUUUUGAAAGAUUUUUCAAAGCUGUCAAUUCCAAAGAAGGUAAACUCAAAAUUAAGCGACGUAGUUUCUUACUCAAUGACGCUGAUCUCAUAGGAUUAGAUUACUUAUGGAGGGUAAUAACAGACUGCGAGGACGAGAUCUCCGCGCGGGCCGUUGAGCUGCUGCGCGAGGUGAGCACGUGCGUGGGCCCGCAGCUGUCGCCGGCGCUCCACCACGAGGCCUUCCUCACGCAGUGCUGCGCGCGCACGCAGCGCAUGCAGAAGGAUAUGGAGCUGCUGCUAGAUCCAACAGAGAGUUGUACAAGAAUGUGCAGGGUAAUUCGUGCCAUACAGGAAUAUGUAAAUGAAUGUGAUAGAAGAUUUUCAGCCGACAGGCAAAUAUUGCCGACCUACAGGUCGGGCCGCGGGCGGCAAUGCACUGUUAUAGUCAGAUUCAAUUUUCAAACUGGCCAAAGACAAAUCGAUGAUAUAGAAUUAUUCUCGCAUUCAAACGAAACGCUACAUUCGUUACGUACUGCAAUCCAAAGAAGACUUAAAACUGCAUCAGAUAGUAACAUAAAAUUAGAACUUUAUGUAAAUAAAUUAGAGCUGUAUGUAAAUGGUGAAUUGUUGGAUUCGAGUCAUGAUCGUAAAAUCCUGUCUCAAAUUCCACUGCGGGAUAAAACAGUGAUCAUUGCCAAGGUAUAUGAUGGACAAGUGUGUGGCAGCGGCGGCUGUGGUUCUUCAAAUGAGUCUAGUAGUGACUCCAGCGCGUCAUCACCUCCUUCGCCACCGACUCCAGAACAUGCGUUACCUGGUGUGCUGUUUGCUCAAGGCUCAUGGUACAUACCUUUCAUAUUAGAGCUGGAACACAUUGGCAUUACAAAGGGACAUUCACAGCUCACAGAAGCGGCACAUUUAUUAUCACAGAUUUGCCCGGCGCACAAACAGACAGUGGAAAAAUUAACGGAAGCUUUAUUAUGUAGAGAUGAAUCGAAGUUAAGAGAUAUGUUAUAUGGACCUGCCCCACCGAUAGUUGCUUAUAAUGUAGAGGUUUUAUACAGUAUGGUGAUGCCAUCUUCAGAUACGAGAUUAGAGCGAAGUAGAAGUUUUCAGUUGGCGUGUGUAAAGAAAGCGCCUCUUUUGGUGCAAUGUCUCUCAGACGAAGAGUUCCUAAAAGACGCCGCACCACACACAAGAAGGGUUGGUUAUUUAUCACUAGUCAGGCUAGCCAAGCUGUCAUUAUACACUUUAGGGCAUUUAUUUGAAAUAUUAGCGCCGGACGGGUCGGACACUGCUUUAGAUAAGGAGUUCAGAACUGACGUCACUAUUUUAAGAGAAGCACUGCAGACCGUUCCGAAUCACAGCUGUGAAUUAAUUGUCAAAGCACUCUCAGAGAAGCUAGCAAACGCUUUGGGCGAACAGGUAGUAACGAGCAGCGAGGACAGCGAAUCAGUGUCGUCAUUAGUCUGGUGGCGGUUGCCGACUGCGGCCUCGGUGCGAGCGCUGUACGCACUAGCUUUCUCUGUCGCGCAGCCCCUCGACGCCAUUGGCGGAGUGCACCCCGAUGACGUCACACUGGUUCGCGAAUGCAUGGAGGUGAUUACAAUAUGUAUGGCGCUUGGAGGAUUGCACUUGGAUACACUUUUACACGAAAGCUGGUGGCAAGACACAGCUCUAUAUCUCAUGAUUGACUGUCCCAAUCCUCAAGUGCGGGUGUCGUGCGCAGAGCAACUACUAGCAAUGUGCGCGUGGGGGGGCGGCGGGGGCGCGCGGGCGGCGCUGACCGCGCUGGGCGGCGCGGGCGCGGCGGCGGGCGCGCGUCUGCGGGCGCAUGCGCGUCACGCGCAGCAGUUCCUGCAGCUGCUGUGCCGGCUGGUCGCGCUCGCCGGGCCCACGGCAAGGACUCUCGAUGACUUGGUGUAUGAGGUUGCAUGGCUACGAGCGGUUCGCGCUAAUCCAGAGACGCUGGACGACACGCUGCUGGAGGGGCAUCUGAAUCUAACCAAAGAAUUAUUUACACAUGUCCCCGCACAAACCAAAUAUCAGUACGGUGCUCAUCCAGAUCAUAAAGAUUCCGGGUUGAUAAAGGAAGUGGCAACAGAAUUCCUAUGGCCUUACUCUUGGGCGUGGAGUCAGUCUGGGCUGUCUCGUUGUACGAGCGGCGAGAACGGCGAAACUCACUCUGAGCCCGUGGCGCCGUUGUGUCGCACGCCAGGCGCGGCCGUGGCCGCCACGGACCUGCUGCUGGCGCUCGUGCACGGCUGCGUGCCCAACAUGGCGGCGCUCGCGACGCUGCUCGAACAGAUGUUCUACAGCGAAACAAAUAUGCCGCUUUCCGAAUGGGAAUAUAUGCCGUGCGUGGGACCGCGGCCGCCGGCCGGGCUGGUGGGGCUCAAGAACGCGGGCGCCACAUGCUACAUGAACUCUGUGCUGCAGCAGCUGUACUGCGUGCGGGCGGUGCGUGACGCGCUGCUCACCGUGCAAGGAGCUGCAACAGAUCCCAAUGAAGAUUUCUCUGGGGAAAGUCAACUUCACACAAUCGUUGAAAAUAAUAUUGAAAGCAACAGCGAUUACAACAUCACAAUUUUAAAACAAGUACAGGCAAUAUUCGCACAUUUACACUACAGCAAACUACAGUAUUAUGUUCCUAGAGGAUUAUGGGCGCACUUUCGGCUUCAAGGUGAACCAGUAAAUUUACGGGAGCAACAGGAUGCGGUCGAAUUUUUCAUGUCUCUAGUCGAAUCUUUAGAUGAAGCGUUAAAAUCUCUGAGUCAAGAACAACUGAUGGCCAAAACAAUGGGAGGCACAUACUCGGAUCAGAAAAUUUGUAAAGGAUGUCCGCAUCGGUAUUGUAAAGAGGAGCCGUUCAGUGUUGUGUCGCUGGACAUCCGGAACAUGUCUCGCCUGCAGGAGUCCCUCGAAGCUUACGUUCGUGGCGAGUUGUUAGAGGGCGCUGACGCCUACCACUGUGAUAAGUGUAAUAAAAAGGUGGUGACAGUAAAAAGAUUAUGCCUAAAUAAACUACCUCCAGUGUUAGUUAUUCAAUUAAAAAGAUUCGAAUAUGACUUUGAAAAAGUGUGUGCAAUAAAAUUUAACGAUUAUUUCGAAUUUCCGCGGGAAUUAGACGUUGAACCUUACACAGCGUGGGGCCUGGCGCGGGCGGAGGGCGACGCGGCGCUGUGGGAGGGCGGGGACAACACGCCCGAGACCCACUACCAGCUCAGCGGCAUUGUCGUGCACUCGGGGCAGGCUUCCGGGGGACAUUAUUACUCCUAUGUCUUGCUCAGAGACAACGGCAGCGAAACGGGCCGUUGGGUGAAACUAGACGACGGAGACGUGUCCGAGUGCGCGAUGCACGACGACGAGGAGAUGAAGGCGCAGUGCUUCGGCGGGGAGUACAUGGGCGAGGUGUUCGAUCAAAUGUCAAAGAGGGUGUAUAAACGACAGAAAAGGUGGUGGAAUGCGUAUAUGCUAUUUUAUACACGGAAGGAUACGAUAGAAAAUUCUAGUCUUGAACAGUCUAUGAAGAAUAUGACUCUAAAGGAAAGUGCCAUACCCAGGCCAAUAUGGCUAUCAGUAAGAAGGAGUAACAUAGCAUUCUCACAUAAUCAGGAUCAAUUUAGUAUCGAGCAUUUUAACUUUAUGAAGAAAUUAUGUUUUAUGCGACUGCAAAUGCUGCCCGGUUCACAAAAUGCUGUUUGGAGCCCGGAACACGAGGAAAUGUCAAUGUUGGCUGUACAAUUAGCAACGAAGUUUUUAUUCCAAGUAGGAUUUCAUACGAAGAAAACAUUGCGGGGGCCUGCCGCUGAUUGGCAUGACAUUUUGUGUCAGCAUCUUAGGUGUUCACAAGCAGUCAGAGCGUGGUUUGCGACAGAUCUCUUCAAACAUCCUCAUAGGUUAUGUGAUUAUUUAUUAUCGUGUCCGUCAGCUGAAGUGAGAAUAGUUUUUAUGAAGAUUAUAGUAUUCUUGGCGCAUUUUUCCAUGCAAGACCCACCUGUGUCCGCGGGCUACGGUUCGUGGUGCAGCCGCGAGGAGGCGCAGUCGCUGUCGGACCAGGUGCUGUGCAGCGCGCGCGCGCUGGCGGCGCCGCCGCACGCCGACCACCACCACCGCCACCUGCCGCUGCUCUUCAACCUCUUCCACACGUACGCCAUGCUCGGCUUGCCGGAGAAACAUCAGCUGUUGCGGUUAAAAAUCUUGGACAUCGUCCUGGCCGUCUGCAUGGAUGAUUCGUCAACGUCGCUUGGGAAAUACCAGUAUCCCGAAUCAGCUAAAAUACACCAGGUGGUGAGCGUGCUGGUGCGGUGUUGCGACGUGAGCGCGCGCUGCCACUCUGCCAACGCGGCGGAGGGCGCGGGCGCGCUGCCCAACCCGUACGCGGACGCAGGCGCGGGCGCGCGUCCCGCGCUCUCGUGUGCCGCCGCCGACGUGCUCUACAACAGGACCGGAGCGUACAUGAAGAAGCUAACGGAGGAGUGUUGCGGGUGCGAGGAAGGCAUCAGACUGAUCCAGUUCCUGAGCUGGGAGCACGCGGGCUGGUCGCGCAUGGCGCUGGCGGAGCUGCUGUGGCAGAUGGCCUACGCCUACUGCCACGAGCUGCGCCGGCACGCUGACGCGCUCGCCGCGCUGCUGCUCAUGGAGGACAGCUGGCAGCACCAUCGCAUCCAUAAUGUCAUCAAAGGCGUGUCCGAAGAGCGGCCGGGUCUGCUAGAGACGGCGUCGCGCGCGCGCGGGCACUACCAGAAGCGCGCGUACGCGUGCGUCAAGCUGAUCGUGGGCGUCAUGGCGCGCGCGCCCGCCGCCGUGCGCUGCGUGCACGCGCAGCCCGACGCGCGUCGGCGCUGGCGCCAGCUGCUGGCCUGGCUGCAGGACGAGCUGGUCAGCAAAUACGGCCCCGGCGGAUACGGUUCAUACGGCACGUGGUCCCCGCCGGGCACAUCCAAUGAAACUUCUAGCGGAUACUUCCUCGAGCGAAGCAACUCCGCGAGAAAGACGUUAGAAAAAGCAUACCAACUGUGUCCCGAAGAAGAAGAUGAAGAGGAGGACAAUCGGGAGACGACCGAAGGGUCGGUGUCGGGGGAGGCGGGGGAGGACAGCGGGGAGGACGAGGAGCCCGCGCCCGCCCCCGCCCCCGCGCCCGCCCCGCCCGCGCCCCCCGCCCCACCCGCGCCCGCGCCCCUCCGCGACCCCUGAGCUUCACUGUGAGAUCUCUAUCCGGAACCAGUGUCGGGAUCUAUGUAUGAUCUCUAUUAAUAUGCUAUCCGGAUCGAAGUGACCCCGAGAUCUAAUUUUAUAUCGUCUAUGUGUGUCGUCGACCGGUUGCGGGGAAGUCCCUUGUCGCAGGAUCUGUGCUUAGCCGUAGUUUUGUUCUGUGAUGUUAACGAUACGUGUAGAAUUUGUUUCGAUCGCGUCUAUUAUUAAGUAUUACGCGGUAUUUAUCGCUGUUUGUAAACGAUUUAGUUAUUUAUGUUUAUUUUUAAGUUUCGCUUUAAAUACCAUAGUAUUUAUUUUAUUCUCGCUAAAGUUUAUUCAGAUUAACAUUUUCACAGUAGAUUUGUAUGUAUUAUAGUAUAUACGCAUCUAUGUAUAUUCUAACUUUUUAUCGUAAGAAAUUUUAAAUCGUGCGAGCCGGCUUCGCUUUUGGAACUAGUUUUAUAUACGAACAAAGUAGUGUGUUCUGCGUGAAAAUAUAAAUUGUAUACUGCGUGUUAAACUUGUAUUUUCUUUAUUUAUACACAUAAUAAUAUUGUAAUCCAAGACGUCAUGAAUCCUCAACAAAUUUAGCAAUAGUAGAAAUGUUUGAAGUCAUAAUGGGAUUAGGGACAAAUGUAAAUAAUAAUUUAUAUACGGUUUCGUAUUGUAUUUACGAAACCUUAUAAAGCGUCGCCAAUUAAAAUGAUGCUUCAUUCAAAUAAUGUAGUUGCUUACUGAACUAGAAAUUACAACAAAAUUAUAUUUGAGUAAUGGGAGUAACGUUAGUACGUUAUUUGAUUGAAAUGAGUUAUGCAAAAUUAAUCUCCAAGAAAAAAAAUAUGUUAAUAAGUAUUAGCUAAAAGAUUUGUUUUAUCGCUUUACUAAUUGCAUUUUGUGAAACUUAGCUUUGUAAAGUGGACGCAUUUUACAUGUAGCUAUUCUAACACUGUCCGUUAAUACACGACAUUUGGUAUUGUAGAAUAAAUAAUAGAAUAUGUAAUGCUAAGUGGGUGCUAUCUUAAGAGUGACACUGAUGAGCUAUCACUAACGUUAACAAAUAACUAUUAUGAACAUAUGUUACAUCAAAAUAGUAUCACUUUGUGAAAUAUUUUUAAUGGGCUUGACUUGUGAUGUGUCUUGUUAUCUUAAAAGCAGUGUAUAUUAUCAUCGUAUUUCAUUUUUAAUAGAAUACAUUUAAUUUAGAUGCAUUCAAGUAAUCACUGGCCGAGAAUGGCUUAUGUACACACGUAUGUAUGAUGUCCAAAUACAUGUAUUGAAAUUUAGCUGACAUGUUCAGGCGCCGAGUACUGCGGCAUCAUUACUUUUCAAGAUGCCGUGCGAAGUGAGAUUUUAAUUUUUAUUCGCGCGUUUAUCUAUAAUUAUAACUUUUGGAGGCGCGUAUCAAAGGAGUCACAAUAGACAUAAGUACAAAAAAUAUUAUUUAUUUGGCCUGUUCUUAUUUUUUAGUGAUGUCUCGUCUUUGCGAUCUUUGUGAAGUAGCCUACAAGAUGCAAUGCUAUCUGAUGUGUCGACUAAACUUCUCUCUAGUAGUUACACAGCAGAUAGCAUCCUCGUUAGAAUUUAAUGCUACUUCCCUGACUGUGCUAUGCCCAAUAUUUUUAUUUGUAGAUUUUUCUAUUGGUAUUUUAAUUUAAUAAAACUAAUAACCUACAUCAAUGAAACGAGAUAACAUACUGUGAAGCAUUCUAUAACCUUUAUGUAAAUAGUGAAUUUGACGGCUUGAAAAGUGUUGGCCUAAAGCUGAAGAUAAACAACAUUUCAGCUUUUUUUUUGUUAUUUGAUAGAUGCAUUAUAAUACAAAUUUAGUUUUUAUUUAAAAAAAAGUGUAGAUAUAGGUAUUAAUGACUAGUCUAACAGGAAAAUGUUGCCACUAUGUCAAUGUUCUGCUUUGUAUUAUACGUUAUUUAUUUUUAUAUGUGAUAAUGGUUGUAUAAUAUUUUCCUUCUAUCUAGUAGUUAAAUCAUUGUAUUACUCAGGCUAUCAAGCGGCUACAUCACACAUAAACAUACAUAUAAUGGUAAAAUAACACCUUUAUCAUUAGCCGGUGUUCUACCACUUGGUGAACGCUGCUGUGUGAAUUCAUAUUUUACGCACGUCUAUUUUACAAAUUUUAAGUCACUGUUACAUAAAACUAUAAGUAUAUUUCAAUUAUUCAUUUAUAGCACUAAUCACUUCAAAUAAUUAAAAUUUUGGUCGCAUAGACCUUUGUGCCUUAUUUUCACUUUGUUUGCUCAAUGGCUUUUAUAUAUUUUAUCAAACAUUACGAAAUUCUACACUCAUCAUUCGGAUUUUAACAGUAAUUUAUUUCACCAAUUUAUGUGACGCUAUACAAUGAGUUGGGACAAGUUAAUACAACACUAGAAAUCUGAUCGCUAAUUGAUGAGUUAUACCAAAGAUGGAGUUAGGUUGAGGAACGUAACAUUAGAUUGAGGGAUAUAUCGUGGUCCUUUUUCUUAAUAGCUUAGUAUUUGAAAUGUUUUGUAUGUUUUAUAAAAUGCAAAAAUAAAAAAAAUGUUGAACGGAAAAAUGUGAUUGAUCUUAGGCUUAGAUAAGAACAUAGAAUAUGAUCCUAGAAGCAAAUGCUUAAGCUAAGCAAUCAUGUUGUCUAUAGAAUGACUUUACUAGCGGAUUUCAAUUAAUUUCUUAACGUGACGAAAAACUAAUUGAAAUUCGUCCGUAAGUUUCAUCCAAACUUACAAUUUCACGGUCAGAACCAAAAACUAAUAGUUUUAAGUAAUGAACUUCAAAUCAGAAUAAUCUUAAUUUAAAAUUGCUUUACGGCAUUUUGAAAUGGUUUUUAAUGGAAAGCAUGUAAUGUAAAUUUCACCUAUGGUGUAAAUGUCUAUGGUAUAAAUAUAAGAACAGUUGAGUUUUGUAUAACAUUUCUAUGGCAAAUAUUAUAAAAAUGGCAUACAGCAUUUGACAUUAUACAGAAUGCUCACAAAGUAGCAUUCAUACAGAUAUUAUAAUAUUAAAAUCAAGAAAUAAAUUCGAAAAUUUUA